AUGCAACAGGAAGAGAGCCAAUCAGCAGCUUCGUGCACAAGGGCAAGUAUGAAGAGAAAGUUCCAUCAAGUUGGGGAGGACAAGGGCCACACCGCACGUUCAUCCAAGUUCAAUAGUAAACCAACAAAGUUGCCAGAAAAACGUAUACUACAACUUAUUCUCGACGUUCUGCAACGGAGGGACACCUAUGAAAUAUUUGCAGAACCAGUUGAUCCCACUGAGGUGGAAGAUUACUAUGAAAUCAUUAAAGAGCCUAUGGAUUUUGGUACAAUGAGGGCUAAGCUUCAUGAAGGAAUGUAUCACAACCUCCAACAGUUUGAGCGUGAUGCAUUUCUGAUUCCGAAAAAUGCAAUGCAUUUCAACUCCUCUGGUACUGUCUACUUCAGACAGGCUCGUGCUAUAUAUGAUCUAGCUAAGAAAGCAUUUCACGUCCUAAAAACUAAUCCCAAAAACAUUGAAGUAGAAUUUCCGGUGAACAGACGUAGAUCGAUGAGAAGAUUGCAAAAUGAGGCCAGGGAUACAAGACAUGUCAUACCAGAAGGUGCCCUUGAUGUUUCUUCCAAGAAUAUUGGACUUGGCCCAAGUGUUCCAUCAACAUAUAGAAGAAGCAGCAAAGAAAGGCCUUUGUUAUGCACCAAAGAUGCUGCUCCGAUUGACAGUGCAUUCUUAUUAGGUAAUAGACAUGCUCAAAGGUUGUCUUCUCUUGGUGCUGGUCGUUGUUCUACAUACGAAUUUUUCAGGCCUUCGCCUUACCAUGACACUAGCUCAUUUCUGUGUAACCAGAACCCCGACUCACUAAUUCUUAACAGGAACGGUAGUUACAGAGAGAGCUUGAUGACAUUUGCCAGAGAUUUAGGACCAACAGCACAAAUGGUUGCCAACGCGAAAAUGCAAGGGAGCCAUCCAUUUCUUCUCUCACACACAACUAAAGGUCCUCCAACGUGCUUAGGAUUCGCUGCCUUUGCACAUGUACAAAACCAAUCUAAUACUGGAGUUCUAACCUCAUCUCAGAAGCUGUCUAGUCCUGUUCAAGGUUUUUGCUCCGUUCUCAAAAGCACCAGUGAUAAGAUCGAUGUGAGUAAUGUUGCAAAGGGAGAUGAGACUUGCAAAAUAGCUGGCAUGAGCAGUCAGAAAGGGGCCCUUCCUCGCACAGAAAAUUCAGAGAAGAAAAGUACAUCAAUUUUGUGCUACAAAAGGAAUGUUCAUAAAGUAACAGAAGAAGCGGCCAAGAAAACUCAAAAUGGAAGCGAGAGAAAAGAGAAUAACUUGGGAACUCAUAUCGUUACUAAUGGGACAUCUGGGGAUACGAAGAAACCCGGCAGAAGAAGUGCGAAGGUUGAAGAAAACAAAGUUCUUCCAGUUGUACUAGCUCUAGAGCAAUCUCAUUCAAGUCUAUCUGAGUUGAAGUGGAGAAACAAGAAGAGUUCCAAUUUCACAUCACGUAAGGCACGAUCACAAAGCAAGAUUGCAGAGCCCAAUGUCACUGGGACAAUUCCAGGUCAAACUAAAAAUAACAGCUUUAGAUCAAAGCACGAAAACAAAGCAGCUAUUUGUGAUCAAAACAACAAUUUUGGCAGCAGUAUCAACCCAACUUUUCUUGAGACAAUGAGCCAAUCUUCAGAGUUGAAAUUGAACAAGACAAUUCCUGUAAUGCCAUUUCCAGGAAUAUUGAGCUCCAGGUUCACUUUUGAUAUGCCGUUCUUGAAAGCUCAGCUAAAUCAAAUGAAUCCAGUAGGGGAAAAUGACAUGCCUCAAGUAUCAAGAGAUAACAUGGAGUGGUCAUUGUAUGGUCACGGAAGUAAUAAUAAGAUGGGCAGGAAAGUAAAUCCAUCGGUGUCGUCUCUGCAAGACAGACCAAACGGUACUCUGCAGACCAUGCCGACUUUCAUUUACAAUAAUCAAUCAUCACAUCAUUCAAUAGACACUGACUUGGCCCUUCAGCUCUGA